AUGUCUAAAUCUGUUAGUUCUGCUGUUAAAGCUGUGGAUUGGGCAGCCAUCCCUAGUAAGUUGAAAUUGGACGCUAGUACUGCUUCUACCCUUGUCAACUUCCGUUCUCGUCAUGCCCAAGCUGCUGCAAGACUUGGCACUUUGAAGGAACAACUUACAACCGUCGACUUUGCUUCUUACCGUCAAGUGCUGAAGAACCAAGAAAUCGUAAACCGUAUUGAGUCUUCUGUGACAUCUUUCAAGCCAGUAAAGAUUAAUUUAGAUUCUCAGUUGAAGGCAAUUAACGCUUUUGAAGGCAAGGCUGUCGGUAGUGCCAAAAAGAACGUUGAGAUGGUCAAGAAUGAAUUAGGAAGCUUGAGCACUACUUUGAAGAACAUUGAACAAGCUCGUCCUACCAGUGAAAUUACUAUCGAAGAUAUGAAGACUGCUGUCCCUGAAGUUGAAAAGAUUGUCGAAACUAUGGUCACAAAGGGUAAAUGGGUUGUUCCUGGUUACCGCGAAAAGUUCGGCGAUUUGAGUAUUAUGUAA